GGCAGCGUGACCACUUUUAUGAUGGAGGGAAGCCGGCAGACGCGAGUGUCUCGGCCCUACAAGAUCAGCGAAUCUUCAAAGGUAUACCGUUGGGCCGAGCACUCUACCACGGUGCUGCAGCGGCUGAAUGAGCAGCGUCUCCGCGGUCUCUUCUGUGACAUCGUCCUAGUGGCCGACGAGCAGCGCGUGCCAGCCCACCGCAACCUGCUGGCCGUGUGCAGCGACUACUUCAACUCCAUGUUCACCCUGGGCAUGCGCGAGGCCUUCCAGAAGGAGGUGGAGCUGAUCGGCGCCUCCUACAUCGGCCUCAAGGCGGUGGUGGACUUCCUGUACGGCGGGGAGCUGGCCCUGGAUGGCGGCAACAUCGACUACAUCCUGGAGACAGCCCACCUGCUGCAGAUCUGGACGGUGGUAGACUUCUGCUGCGAGUACCUGGAGCAGGAGGUGAGCGAGGACAACUACCUGUACCUGCAGGAGCUGGCCUCCAUCUAUAGCCUCAAGCGGCUGGACGCCUUCAUCGACGGCUUCAUCCUGAGCCACUUUGGCACGCUGUCCUUCACGCCCGACUUCCUGCAGAACAUCUCCAUGCAGAAGCUGUGCCUGUACCUGAGCAGCAGCGAGGUGCAGCGGGAAUGCGAGCACGACCUGCUGCAGGCCGCCCUGCAGUGGCUGACGCAGCAGCCGGAGCGCGAGACCCAUGCCUACCAGGUGCUGGAGCACAUCCACUUCCCCCUCAUCCCCAAGAACGACCUGCUCCACCGCGUCAAGCCGGCUGUGUGCUCGCUGCUGCCCAGGGAGGCCAACUGCGAGGGCUUCAUCGAGGAGGCCGUGUGCUACCACAAUAGCCUGGCGGCCCAGCCGGUCAUGCAGACCAAGCGCACGGCGCUCCGCACCAACGAGGAGCGCCUGCUGUUCGUGGGGGGCGAGGUCUCCGAGCGGUGUCUGGAGCUGAGUGACGACACCUGCUACCUGGACGCCAAGAGUGAACAGUGGGUCAAGGAGACACCCCUGCCGGCCCGGCGGAGCCACCACUGUGUCGCCGUGUUGGGGGGGUUCAUCUUCAUCGCUGGUGGCAGCUUCUCGAGGGACAAUGGAGGGGACGCAGCAUCCAAUCUUCUUUAUAGGUAUGACCCCCGCUGUAAACAGUGGAUCAAGGUGGCCUCCAUGAAUCAGCGCCGUGUGGAUUUCUACCUUGCUUCCAUUGAAGACAUGCUGGUGGCCGUCGGUGGCCGGAAUGAGAACGGAGCUCUCUCUUCGGUAGAGACUUACAGUCCCAAGACUGACUCCUGGUCCUACGUGGCCGGUUUGCCAAGGUUCACGUACGGCCACGCAGGCACCAUCUACAAAGACUUCGUGUACAUCUCGGGGGGCCACGACUACCAGAUCGGCCCUUACCGCAAGAACCUGCUGUGCUACGACCACAGGACGGACGUGUGGGAAGAGCGGCGGCCCAUGAUCACGGCGCGGGGCUGGCACAGCAUGUGCAGCCUGGAGGACCGCAUCUAUUCCAUUGGGGGCAGCGACGACAGCGUGGAAUCCAUGGAGCGCUUUGACGUGCUGGGUGUCGAGGCCUACAGCCCGCAGUGCAACCAGUGGACCCGUGUGGCCCCGCUGCUGCACGCCAACAGUGAGUCGGGGGUGGCCGUGUGGGAGGGCCGCAUCUACAUCCUGGGCGGCUACAGCUGGGAGAACACGGCCUUCUCCAAGACGGUCCAGGUGUACGACCGCGAGAAGGACAAGUGGAGCAAAGGCACUGACCUGCCCAAGGCCAUCGCCGGCGUGUCCGCCUGCGUCUGUGCCCUGAAGCCGAGGCUGGAGGACAAGAAGAAGAAGGGCAAGGCCAAGAGACACCAGGACCGGGACCAGUGACCCCGCCCUCGCCUGCCGGGACCCCGUCCCCACCGCCACCUCCCGGAGUGUCUGUAGACCAGCAGCAACUUCGUAGAACCCUGGAACCAGGAUGUACCAUUUAGCGGCUUUUUUUUUUACUUUUAUGAUUCUUGGUAUUUCUAUAUCACAGUAAUCGAUUAAAUAUUCUCUGUACCUUUACUUAUUAUCUUGCUUGAAUAAUUAAACCUGGGCCCAGGUAGGAAAUAUCCCCUUAUGUCUGCGCAGGGCUUCUCCCCACAUUACAGAUGCUUGGGGGUGCCCCUAACCAUCCCCCUGAGAAUAGCUAGGGCAGGGCUUAUGCAGAAAUUUUUGGUAGUGAAACUAGAAGCCUCAGUGAGACGUUUCAGACCCCCUAAUCAAUGCCUCCCCAAACCUGGCUGUGCUUUUAAAAAUAGAUUCCUGGGCCACAUCUCAGAAUGACCAAAUCUAAAACUACCAGGCGUGGUGGGGAGAAGUGGCUGAAAACUGUAUUUUAACCAAGCUGACUGAGCAUCAGCCACGUUUGGGAAUCACUGGCAAGGUCAAGUGCAUUCGUUUUUAUAAGUGGGGACGCAGAGACCACCAAGAGUGUGAGCGAGUGACCAAGGUUCACCAGCUGGCUGGACAGUCAGGCGAGACCUGGGACUUCUCACCGGGCAGGUGUUCCCACUCGGAUUUUCUUAUCAGGUGACUUGUUUCUGAAUAAUCCCAUUUUUCCUGGUUGGUAAUCUUCCUGAAUUCUAAAAGGGUAUAGCUAAUCAGGAAAGAAAGCAAAAAACAAAAAAAAGGCAUGAAGCUCUUUAUAAACAUUAUUCUGUAAUCUGUGCUUUUUUUUUUUUUGCUUUUUUUCUGGAACCCACUGUUUCUUAUAUUACUGAUGUCCUGAGCCCCCAAAUAUUCAUUGAUUUCUCAGGAAAGGAAAAGGCAGCACCUCCUAGAAUUUGCCAUUGUUUUCUGUGACUCCAGCUCCAAGAAGCCAUCGGAAGCUUUUUUUUUUUUUUUUACCAGUGAGCACACAAUGAUCCUUAAGAAGGUUGUCUAGUGCCUCCCCCAACUCAAGCAACAGACCCCAGUCCCAGCCGUGUGCUGCCGGGCAAAUUCUUGAACAAGUUUUGAGCUGUUUCCUCAUUCAUUAAGCAACAGAGUUAGAUGAAAUAAUCGCCAGGCUCCUCCCAGGGGAUAAGCUCUUUCAGUCUAUAUAAGCUAUUAAAAUAUAUUCAGCGCCUCCUCCUGAGAUGCAUGACCGCCCUGCACUGAUCCCGGCAGUUAAGAGAACAUCAACAGUGUGGGCCCUUUAAGGAGAGUUCGAGGCUCCCAGCCAAUCGCCGUGUAUCAUAAAGUACGAUGGGAGAACCAGGAGUGUGAUCAGUUUUAAUCAUGAGCCAAGGGAGGCAUUAACCAUCUUUACCUUGACAGAGAUCUGAUUGCAGAGACGAGAAAAACGUCAAGAUGUAUCGUUAACAUUGACAUUAGAGUAAGCUUAGUUUAUUUUUGUCCCUUUACUGCACUUCCUUUCCUUUCCUUCAAGGUUUACCUUGACUGGGCCUGUUUCUGUAGUGACCAGGAGAGUUGAAAGGGACUUGGGCUUUGAAAGCAUCAGGACCCAAAUCUUUGCCCUCUUUUGGUAGUUGGGCAAGCAGCCCACGUAUUGAGCUGGUUCUUUGCAUAUGGGAGUCGCUAAAGGCUUACCAACGGUUGAGAAGUUCUGCAAGGCAUACACACCCAAAACGGCGCUCUUCUUGUUGCUUCACAACCCUUCUGUGUGUUAAAGGCUCUGAGAAGUCCUGCAUUAACUAUUAACCUUCCUCCAAUCCAGCAUCUCCAGACUUCUUUUAAUCUCAUACCUAGUUCCAGGCCCUCCAUAAAACCCAUUUUGCAGAACUUCUGCCAACUUUGGGAUAGCUUAGCCCCUUGCAAUUCCGAUAAAGGGUUCAUUACUUGAAGACCCUUUACAAGGCAUGGAACCUGUGGUCUGUUCUCCGCUCAGGUCAUGGAUGAAGAGGUGGCAUUCAAGCAGAAUCCAGGGGCAGAUGGGAAAGAGCUCCUAGAAAGCCUAUUCGAGCUUUGGGGAGCCAGAUGGCUUUGACCUUGGGGAGAGGACAGCCAUUCACUUUUAACCUAAGCCAGCUGUUGUAUUUUCAAUGACCAGAACGUGUCCCAGGAUGCGGGCUUCUGACCUCUGUUUUGACUUCUUGUGCCUUUUGUGUUACUUACAAUGUCCUGUACCUAUCGUGUUGUCUCUCCCACCACUGUAAAGCCAGUUUGCAAUUGACAUGGCUCAGCAUCUAAUAUUAUCGAGGUGCAGGGAGCGUUCCUUUAAAGGUAGACUUGAUAAUUAAGUUUCCUCUUGCGGACCAACUUUGAAGACUUGGUGGUGGCUCCACUUAUACUAGGAAAGUUGUUCAAGCUUGUUAGGGUCAACGGAAAGCAGCGUGAUGACCUCUGAGCAGUGUUUGCCUAGGCGUAGAGAACAAAGUGGUGGGACCCACAGCAGGCUUUUGCUGCACAUGUUUUAAGAUGGAAAUCACCAACUAAGAAUGGAAGAAAAGGGUUUUUAACUUAGAUGGGCAGAGUUCGGGGAUGCCCUUAGUUAAUUGGCCAUUCGAACUGCAAAAUCAUGAUGGUGUCAUUUCAAACCUAAGUGAAAAAGGCCUGGAUUCUUGCAGGCUGCCAUCUUGAGAUGAAAACAGCCAUAUUUGCCCUUACGUCAUCAAAAUUGUCAGUUCUCUGAGCUGAACUUUGAGACUACCUGGGUUCUUUUUUUGAUCUUUCAAGAUAAGCAUGGUGGGCUUUUCUCCCGGUUUUGUUUUUCUCACUUUUAAAGAACUAGAGUUUUCACUUAAUAUUAGUUGUAGGUUUUGAGUUUGAUCCUCAUCCAAGUCAGAGCCCUGACAGCUUAAGACAUAAAUGUCUAAUAAAAGAAGGAAGGAGAUAGAGAAGCUGGAGAAACCCUUUUUCUUUCUGGUGGUCUUUUCUGCUGUUGAAAAUAUACAGAGAUUGUCUCAGCAAUUUGCUUGUGGUAUGGAUGGCUCAAUCAGUAUUUUUAACAUUCUGCCAUUUUAGAUCGACUACCAGGGAGGACUUUCAAAUCUUGAUCUCAGCAGAAAAUCGCAUGUGUGUGUUAUAUUCUGAACGUUCCUCCCUUCGCCCCUAACUGAUAAGGCAACCUCAUGGUGACUUAAUAGAAACCCCAGAAACCAACCCUAAGGGGUUUUUCAGUUUUGGGUGGAAACCCAAACACCAAAGGGGGUGGAGUCCCUCCCCACUCUGUGCGUUCAGGUGAGUUCACCUGUAGUUCAAAGUACCUGGACCCAAGGCCAGGCGUGACCUUUUGGUGAUAUGAGCAAUGUGGGAAGUGAGAGGACCUCCACCCCACCCCCUUGUAGAGUUACCAGCCUUUCUCUUACCCUGAUCAUCCAAGGCUUGCUGCUCCAGCCUGAGCAGCACCUCACAGGCCUUUUAGCUCUCGGAGCUUUUGGCUAGAAUCUCAGACCACUGGUCCCAAACCUGGAGGGGCAGUUCCAGCCGUGGUCUGACACCCUCGCUGUCUCUGUAGAUUGCGAAUGUCUUCAGAGGGGAGGAGGCAGUGUCCUGGCCUCCAGGACAAACCUCUGGAGCAUAGGGGGCAGCUCCAUGGGUACUUGGAGAUCCUGCCCUAUGCAUCUGCCAACCCUGGCAGUUUUUAAAGUUUUUUGAAAUGUUUUGAUACUUUUUUGAUACCAUUUGCUAAUAACCAUUUUGUAGGUUGCCAGCCGGGGUUUUCCACCCCACCCCCACCCCCCCCAAACCUCCACCCCUUUUAGCUUGCACUAGACAGGAAAUGUCUUGUGGUCAGCGCCAGGGUCUCGCCCGCCUCGCGUGGCUUUGUCUUGGAUCUUGCUCUCUCCUCUCCGUGGCUGUGAUUGGAUACAAAUCUUGAAUUUUGUAAGGCCACACAUGGCCCAUGAGUGUGACCAACUUAGGCUCCCAACUGAGCAAGAGGGCACUGAUUUGCCAAGAGGACUCUCUUCACUCCUGUAACAUAUUCCACUCUUCUUCCGAAGCUCCUACCUCAGCAGUGUCCAGAGUUGAAAAGAUAAGUGAGGACUGAUCCACAGAUCACCUUUCUCAUACGGGUCAUUUCUCAACCCAGGGCAUAGCUGGGGUCCUGAUGCACUCCUGUCCACUCCUUCUUUUAAAGAAAUUUUAACAUGAAAUCCACAAAACCUGCAACAGUGAACCAUCCUGCACUUUAUAUAGAGUUGCCCUCAGCAUUGGAGGUUGUUAAUUUCUUUGUGUUUCUUUUUGUUUUUUUGUUCUUAAUUUGUGGCUUCUGAGGAUGUUUUGGGGUCUAAGAAAUUGUCUUUUGAUUGCCUUAGUUAAAAGAGUUGAAUGAAUGUAUAAAUUGGUGGGGGGGGGGUGGGAGGAGGGACAGGGCAGAGGGGGAAAAACCCUUCCAUGUCAAUUUUCUUUGAGAAAAGGAACUCCACCCCCUUCCAAAUUACUUGAAGCCAUCUUUCCAGGUUUCCUUGCAGUUGAAAGACGAAUAAAGUCCUUUGAAUCAAUUGAAGUUAAUCAUUACCACCAGCCUUCUGUCAAAAUUAGUAAGAUAUUUGACCAUUAAUUCAUUGGGUGUGUUCUGGCUACUAAUGUUACUGAAAUCUGUAAUCGCAUGUGUUUGUUUUUUAAUUUGUUGCUUUUGUCUUUGUAACUUGAUGACACCGGAAGCUUUUCUGUGUCUUCUUUUUAAUUAAUUUUCUGCACGUUGAUUUUUUUUUCUUUGUUUUUAAUUCCAUACAGAGUAUUCAGUUCUCAAAACACAUUAAAAUGAUUUGCCUGCUAGGGUAUGGCUUAUUUUAUAAUUACGUUCCUAGUCUUGUGUGGUUAUUGUAAUGAUCUUCAGGCUUAUUUUCUGUGCCCAAAUAAAUAAAAAAGAACCUCUUGCA